GACCGUCGCAUUUCUGUAUUUUCUACUACCUCAGCUCUGAGGCGGGCUCGGAAGCGGCGUUCUUCUGGCACCCGACGCCGGAGAGGGACUUUAUUUGGGGGACCUGGAGACCCGCCUUUCCCUCGGAGAAGUGGCCGCACGGCGAAGCCGGCUGGUCAAAGAAUGGAUUUUACAGAGGCUUACUCAAACACAUGCUCUACCGUUGGACUUGCUGCCAGGGAGGGCAAUGUUAAAGUCUUAAAGAAACUGCUCAAAAAGGGCCGGUGUGUGGAUGUUGCUGAUAACAGGGGAUGGAUGCCAAUCCAUGAAGCAGCUUAUCACAACUCUAUAGAAUGUUUGCGGAUGUUAAUUCUUGCAGAGUCAUCUGAAAACUACAUUCAGACAAAGACUUUUGAGGGUUUCUGCGCAUUACAUCUCGCUGCAAGUCAAGGACAUUGGAAGAUUGUACAGAUUCUUUUAGAAGCUGGGGCAGAUCCUAAUGCAACUACUUUAGAAGAAACCACACCAUUAUUUUUAGCUGUUGAAAAUGGACAGAUAGAUGCGUUAAAGCUGUUGCUUCGACAUGGAGCAAAUGUUAAUGGAUCUCAUUCUAUGUGUGGAUGGAACUCUUUGCACCAGGCUGCUUUCCAGGGAAAUGCUGAAAUAAUAAAAUUGCUCCUUAAAAAGGGCGCAAAUAAGGAAUGCCAGGAUGACUUUGGAAUCACAGCUUUAUUUGUGGCUGCUCAGUAUGGCAAGCUAGAAAGCUUGAGCAUACUUAUUUCAUCAGGUGCAAAUGUCAAUUGUCAAGCCUUGGACAAAGCUACUCCACUGUUCAUUGCUGCCCAAGAGGGUCAUACAGAAUGUGUGGAGCUUUUGCUGUCCAGUGGGGCAGAUCCAGAUCUUUACUGUAAUGAAGACAAUUGGCAAUUACCUAUUCAUGCAGCUGCUCAAAUGGGCCAUUCAAAAAUCUUGGACUUGUUAAUACCACUCACUAACCGGAUCUGUGAUACUGGGCCAGACAAAGUGAGCCCUGUUUACUCAGCAGUGUUUGGAGGACAUGAACGGUGCUUAGAAAUACUACUUCAGAAUGGCUACAGCCCAGAUGCCCAGAUGUGCCUGGUCUUUGGAUUUGGUUCUCCCAUGUGCAUGGCUUUCCAGAAGGACUGUGAAUUCUUUGGAAUUGUGAAUAUUCUUUUGAAAUAUGGAGCCCAGCUAAAUGAACUUCAUUUGGCAUCUUGUCUGAAAUAUGAAAAGUUUUCAGUAUUUCGAUACUUUUUAAAGAAAGGUUGCCCAUUGACAUCCUGGAACCAUAUAUCUGAAUUUAUAAGCCAUGCAAUUGAAGCACAAACAAAAUAUAAGGAAUGGUUGCCACACCUCCUGCUUGCUGGAUUUGACCCACUAACUCUACUCUGCAGUUCCUGGAUUGACUCAGUCAGCGAAGAAACCCUUAUCUUCACUUUGGAAUUUACUAAUUGGAAGAGACUUCCUCCAGCUAUUGAAAAGAUGAUAUCUGAUCGGAUCUCAAACUCUUCUUUGGUGCUGCAGAAACAUAUUGCCUCUGUUCCAUGCCUAACCCAUCUUUGUCGUUUGGAAAUUCGGUCCAGCCUAAAACUAGAACACCUUCGAUCUGACAGUUUUAUCCAUCAGUUACCACUUCCCAGAAGUCUACACAGUUAUUUGCUCUAUGAAGAUGUUCUGAGGAGGAAUGAGGUUCCUGAACUGGCAGCUAUUAACGAUGGAGAAAUCAGUGAAGCUAGUUGACACUGCUCAUUUCUUAUUCUGGAAGCUAUCAAGACAAAAGAGCCAUGGAGGAUAGAUUAUUCAUGACUUUGUAGUCAUAGAAGAUAGGUUUUGCUUGUGUGAUUUGGUUAGGUUUGGGGGACAGUAGUAAAUAUGAAUGUUUACAAUGGACUUCUCAUUAAAAAGAUAUUAUAAGCUUUGUUUGUACUACUUUUUUGCAGUUUAAUUUCCAGUUAUACUUUAUAUUGUAAUAUUUAUUUCUACUUUAUGCUGAACUCUGCUGCUUCUUCUGGUGUUAGACAUGGCAUAUUUCCACCUCUGUUUCAUGUUCACCUGGUUCUAGAAACCAAGAAUGGAAAGCAUAAACAGUAUGUAUAACUGCACUAUUGCAUUUUUUACUACUUUAUUUGGGGAUAUGAGUAAGUGAUCUUAUCCUGUUGUUGUAUUCCAUUUUCAUCUCCUAAUCUAGUACUUUAUGAAAGAAUGGUAUUCAUCGCCUUUCCACAUGUAAACUCAGGGGAUUUUUUUUUUUUUUUUUUAAGAGCAUAGAUCAAUUGUAUUGCUAGUCCUGCUCCCUUAGGUUUUUUUUUUUUU